AUGCCUAAGGAGCAAGCGACGGCCCCCCGCAGGCGGAAGGCGGCGCCCGAGGCGCGUGGCGGCGAGGGGAUCGACGCUCUGCCGAGCGAGGUCCUGCAGCAUGUACUGUCCUUCCUGCCGGUGGCGGAGGCCGUGCAGACCUGCGUGCUGGCUCGGCGCUGGCGCCACCUCUGGAAGUCCAUGCCGGUCCUGCGCAUCACCUGCGAGGGCAUGAUUCUGAACCGGCGGGGCGUUAGGAGGCUCAACAAGUUUGUGAACCACCUGCUGCUCCUCCGUGACCGCAGCGCGCCCCUGCAUGCGUGUGAGAUAGAGCUCACUACUUUCCAUAGCCAGGAUGAACCGCAGGUCAACUUAUGGACCCGACAUGCUCUCUUGUGCCAAGCUCGAGUCCUCAGUGUUCAUCUAGGCCGUGAUAACAAUAGCUUUGAGCUGCUGGAGGACCUGCCUCUCGUCUCUCCGCGCCUGACGAGGUUGGAGCUUUGCAACGUAGUGUUAAAUGAUAGCAUUCUGAAUUUUUCGAGCUGCCCAGCGCUGGAAGAGCUAUGGAUGAGGGGUUGCUACGUCCAAGCUGAUAUGAUCAUGUCCCAGUCCCUAAAACGCCUCACCAUCCUUGACUGCAUAUUUUAUCCAAAUGAACGGACUCGGAUAUCUGUCCCAAGUCUAGUUACAAUGGAAUUAAUUGAGUGUUGGGGGAGGACUCCUUUGCUUGAAAGCAUGCCAUCAUUAGUGACAGGAUCUAUUAAGCUUGCCGACUGUGAUGAUUGUUGUGGUAAAGAAGCUGGUGGUUCGUGUGCCGAUGAUACCUGUGAAAAUUGUAGUUCCAUUGAUGGUGACAGUGGAGAUUGUGUGCUUCUCAAUGGUUUGUCAGAGGCUAAAAGCUUGGCGUUGAUAGCUGAACCUUGUGUGUUUAUCCUCAAAAGAGAUUUGAUGUGGUGCCCAACCUUUAGCAAGUUAAAAACCUUGUUACUCAAUGAUUGGUGUAUGAAGGCCAAUCUUGGUGCACUCAUGUGCUUUCUCCAACAUACACCUGUUCUCGAAAAGCUUACCAUCCAGCUUUGUCAGGCACCCAGCAGUCGGAUGGGGACUGAAGGAAGCUACAAUCUGACGGGACAACCGUUCGCAUCUAACAAGCUUAAGGUACUUGAAAUCAAGUGUGAGAAGAUUGAUGAGAGGGUUCACAGAAUUUUAACGUUCUUGAGUACCUAUAGCAUACAUGUUGAGCAAAUCAAUAUCCAGCAGAGUAUUGGAUCUUCUGAAGCAGAGCCCAAGGAUUUUCCUGAGGAACCCAGAGCUGGACCUUCUCAAGCGCGAACUCCGCGUGUGUUGCCCUCGCAGAAUGCUCAGUUGAGGAGCAUGGCUGAGCAGAUUGUAGUCAGGCAGGAGCAGAUCGAAGUUGAGCAACAGCAGAUCCUAGCGCUUCUGGGGCAGAUCCAAGUUGAACAGCAGCAGGUCAUAGUGCAUCAGGAGGAGAUCCAAGUUGAGCAGCAGCAGAUCAUAGCUGGGCAGCAGCAGCAGAGGCACCUCUUGACUCGGAUCUUAGCCCAGCUCCAGGAAUAUUCAGCUCGGAAGACUCCACCAGCUGCUCCUUGUGCUGCAGGCUCAGCUCACACAGAGUGUCUUGAGUGA